CCGGAGGUCAGAUCCAAGUCCAAAAUAAAUUGCCUUCUUUCCUGAGGCUCAGCCAUUUUAAUAGUGCAGAUUUAUUGUGCUGUGCUUUUUGGAAGGGUGAUCAGAUGUAUGUGGUCAGUAGCGCGUAUGCAGUCUGUGACCCAGCCUCCCUCUCACGUUACACCCUAUUUAUAACAUCCCCUCUGCCGGCUCCCCUCGUUCUGCAGUUCCUAGGAACCUCCUCCUGCUCCCAGCCUCGAGCUCCAGCUCCGGCGCCCUGCUCCUCCUGACAUCUGAGAGGCUCCUCUGCAGCCUGUCCUGGGCUAACUGUUUAUCCUGUACAGCCUGGCAGCUGGCCGCACGCUCCGGAUUACCACAGGACACCCCUUUCCAAACACUUUCUGCUCUGACUACUUUUUUCCAAACUGAGGGGAAAACUUUCGGGAUAGCCAAAAAGGAAAAAGAGAAGCAUCUCGGAUAUGCGCUUGUGAUUUCUUUUUGCUUGGUUUUUCGGUUGAUUUAGUAACUUGAUUUUUCUCUUCUCACCUUUUACCGGUGGGCUGGUAUUUGUGCGCGCGUGUGUGUGUGUGUGUUCGCACACGAUGGAUCACACACUCUUCGGCUGCCUGCGGAGCCCCCACGCCCCGGCGCAGGCCCUGCAUCCCGCCUUCACCCAGUCCCCCCUCACUCUCCACGGACGCUCGGACCACGUCUCCUACCCGGACCUGGCCUCGUCCUCGUCCUCGUCCUCCACCUCCUCGCCCUCGCCCUGCAUCAUCUCCAGCUACCCGGGCGACGACGGCCUGUUCGCCGGGCAGCACCACCACCACCACCACCCCCACCGCGGCCACCUGCCCUCCCAGCAGCAUCACCACGCGCCGCAGCACCACGCGUCCUGGCACCUCCCGCAGAUGCCGUCGCCCGGCGGCGGCGGCGCUCGCCACGGCCUGUGCCACCCGCACUCCCACUCCUCCCACGACAACGGGCCCACGCCUCCGGACCUGGGCCACCCGGGGGGGCCCAACAUGUGCGCCAGCACCCCCAGCCUGAGCGGCGGCAGCGCCCCGACGGGGGCCUCCUGCGUGCCGGCGGACUUCGGCAGGCAGACGCUGUCACCUGCCGAGGCCGAGAAGAGGAACGGCAAGAGGAAGAGCGACAGCUCAGAGUCCCAGGACGGGAAUUACAAGUCAGACGUGAGCAGCAAGCCCAGGAAGGAGAGGACGGCGUUCACCAAGGAGCAAAUCCGAGAGCUGGAGGCCGAGUUCGCCCACCACAACUACCUAACCAGACUAAGGCGCUACGAGAUCGCCGUCAACCUCGACCUCACUGAAAGACAAGUGAAGGUGUGGUUCCAGAACCGGAGGAUGAAGUGGAAGCGGGUGAAAGGCGGCCAGCAGGGGGCGGCGGCCCGCGAGAAGGAACUGGUGAACGUGAAAAAGGGGACGCUGCUGCCGUCGGAGUUCUCGGGGAUCGCGGCGCUGCACCACUCCACGGACUCCUUAGCCAACGAGGACAGUCACGACAGCGACCAGAGCUCCGAGCACGCUCACUUAUGAUGCACACGCACCCGAUCGCUCACCCCCACCCCCCAGCCCCCUCCUCCCCGCCUCCACCGCCCCCCCCCCUGAAAGGACAGUCCCUGGACCGUCCCUAGAAGGACUGCUGUUUGCUGAUUCGCCAUCGUCAUACAACGAUGCUAAAUAAGUGUACAAAUGUACAGAGUUAGAGAAACCGAGGAGUCCUCGCGCAGGCAAAAAUGUAAAUUUCACAGCACAAAUGAGAAGACGAUGAAAUACUUCAGAGUGCCAUUGGUUAAAGAUUGUCCUCAGAUGUGGAUGUAUCGCCGUUAGAGAUGUGUGCUUUGGCUGCAGGAAUACCGCAAUACAUUUUGGAAACCACAUUUAGGUGAACGAUUGUAACAUUCCAUGUGAUUUGCCUUGAAGAAAGCAGGAUUUGAUUUGCACUGUUGAACACGCAGUCCGCACCUCAAACCGUCUCCACUGUAUAAAAUGUAAAUUGCGAUGUAAUUGAGUCAUUGAUCCAAUCAAGUGCCAGGAAAUCAAAUUUGCCUAGCUAAUAUAAAUGACAUGUAAAUACUUCUCAGUACUGCCUUACCUUAACAAUAACUCUAUACCCAGACUGUUCAGCUCAAGCAGUAAUAAACACUGACAGUCCUCCAGCUGACACUUUUUCCACCUGGAGAUGACAUUUUGCAAACAAAUCUGAAACCUGAAGUCAGGAUUUGAUUCAAUCUUUUUCAGGGAUGGUUGCAAAUUGAAUAAAAACUUAACCAGUGGUAAAUGGAAUUUCUUAUGAAUAGCUUUUUUCCCCUCUCUGUCUAUGCAGUCAUCCGUUGGUAUGAAUCCUAAGCGAUGAAUGUGUGAGCCACAAAGUGAAGCUGAAACGCAUUCAGCCCUGCAGAGAGUGUAGAAAGCCGGCGAUGUGGGUGCAUGCUAAAUUCACCUUUGCCUGGGGGCAGGGUCGGUCCGCCGUGCUGCCAAGACUCGGGAGAAACCCGCAAAGGAUGGGAUUCGGUUACAGAAUCCAGUUGAAAAUAAUUUCUGGACCUGAUCUCGUCUUUCACCGCACUGUGAUUACGCAUUCUAAUUUGUUGAGGAGACACCUCGCAGUGCACUCGAGGUUUGAGCAGCCCGCAGGAGGAACGGGAGCCAGAAAAUGUGAUUCAGUGCAGAAUAUUCCCAAAUACGGUGGACGCUGACCGCAAAUAACACCAGCCUCUAAAUUAGAACAUGUGGAUCAGUCAGACUGUGACGGCCUCCAAACACGCUCGUGUAAACCUGCGGCUCCUCAUAUCGGCUGUUUCUGCACCUGCAUGACCGCCUCUUUCCCCCGUGUGGCUCUGCUGAAUGUCAGUAAAUGUUUACUUUUCAAAAGGCUUUCCGACGUGUGUAGCAACCAAUAACGUAAUGACUGCCAGUUAUGUAAUGAUCUGGGCCAUUUUGAAUGUAAUAAAGCCACUAAUGUAAAAGAUUUCAUUACAACCAGAACUGAGAAAAUGCUACAGUAUAAUCAUGAGUAUUUUGAACAUAUUUUUGAUAGACAAACUGCACAAUACAUGCAAAAAAAGAAAAAAAUAAUAUUGGCAGCAGUUAUUAUAUUUCAAUUUUUUUUUUUAAAUGCAAACGUAAUGACUUAGCAGAUUAUUGACAAACUGUUAUUGCAAUAAUGACUAUUGGCUUUAGUACAUUUAAAAUGGUUGGAUUAUGAUGCCAUUGAGAGAGAUGGCACUGCUGAUUCAAAUGUGCUUCAUAGCCUGUCAAAUUCAGCUGCUCACUCUCACAUCACCUGUGAAUUUCAGCAAGACGGGGAAUCGAACUAUCAAGCUGGCAUUGAAAAUUGAGGUGCUCUUGAGACGAGCUGAGCUGAACGCUAUUGGGAAACUGGAAACAAAAAUAUGUGAUAUUGAGCGAGAGAGAGAAAACAAACUUCUUUUCUUCAAAUUCUAAACUGACUGUGAUCCACAUGGUAUGAAAUACCAAUAACACACCUAGGCUGGUGUGGGAGGCAACGUUUAGUCAAACUCAACAGUAACCUGACCACAAAUUAAUUUAAUCAAAAUUAUGUCAAAAUCAUAGCGACUCUCAAUCAAAUCCAUGAAAAACCAGUUUCUUAUGUCGCUGUAACUUUUAGUUUAAUGUUGGUAUGUAGUAACUUUUCAAGUCUGCAACAAUUCUAGGUGGUAUUUUCAAAAAUAGGGUGGGAAAUGUGAGCUUUGUUUUCUACUGAAUCUGUUGUAAAUCUCAAAGUAUCUUUAUGGUUUCGGGAUAAGAUGUUUUUCAGUCUUUAUUUGUAUGAACAUUUUCCAUAAGGUUAAUGUUUUUUUCAUGUGUAAAUGUUCAGAUUUAAACAGUUUUGAAGACACUCAAGGUUUCAUACCUUUUUGGCUCCUUUUUCAGUAUAACUCAAUUUCCAUCUGAUCAAAAGCUGACUCCUGACUGAAUAUAAUAUAAUCUGAUCAAUCAUUAUAAGGACCCACACUGAGGCAGCCGUCACAACUUCCCUCUGAAGUUCCUCAUUGCGGGUCUCCCUCGUUGCAUUUUUUUUCAAUCUGCAACAAUUACAGGAGGUAUUUUCAAAAUGACAUCAGAAAUAUGAAUUUUGUGAUUUUGUGAAUAUGUUGCAUUUCCUUCUUGUAGGAGUGGAAGUUUCAUGAGAGAUAAGAGAAGCAGGCACAACUUUUACGAUUUUUUUUUUUUGUUGAUGCAACCUUCCUGGAAA